AUGGUCGAACGCCACCUGGCACGCCAAGCGCUCCGCCCGCUCGAAGUACGCCGUGUCCGCUUCCAAUCGGUGCAUGUACGCAAGACGGCACGCGAGACACACGUGUCGUCGAGCAGCAGCGACCUGCUCGUCGUCCAGUCCAGCUCGUCGUGUCACGACGCGACGCCACAGCCGACCAAGCGGCCGUGCUCCGAGCAGGACGUAGAUAGCUCGCCGACGCCCGCGCACGCACCGGCCGCCAAGCGCCCACGCACAGAGCCGAGGACAGGCGUCACGACGCCGAAACGGCCGAUCCCACGCCGCCGCAUCGCACCGCGCGAAAUGACGCUGGGACCGCGCUCGCCUUCGGCCCUCUCGCCGUUUCGCUUGCUCGCAGCGCGCUCGCGCCUCCAGGGACGCACACCGCCUCGCUCGCCGGGGGGGAUGUGGCGACCGGGCGAGCAUGGCGUGACAGCGGCAGAGGCGCUGGUUCCCCCGUCGAUCCUCGUCUCGCCCCCGGCAGCAGACAUCGAAGCGGUCAUUGCCAAAAGCACGCGGGGGUGCCGCGCAAUGCGCCGCAUUCCUAUCCGACACGAGUGGCAGUUUGCGUUUGCAAGCACGCUGCUCACACGCGAUCAGGCGGCGCUCGAACAGCUCCAGUGGCAGCUCGACCUGGCUUUUGCAAGCCUCACCGGAGCGCCGACACGCGACGCGGUGCUCGUGCACCAUCCACAUCUCGCUGUACGUCUUGCUCGCCAGUCCGCAGGCAAGGUCAUGAGCAUCGUGACGCGUGCGUGGAGGCCGUCAACCUCGACCGAGUACGCAUGCAGUCCGCCGAGUUUUCGGCUUGCAUCGCUUGCGCGCGAGUCUCUUGACGCCACAGGUGCCUCUGGUGCCGCCCAUGCGGCAUGGGCACAGCAGAUUUCGGCAGUGCUCGGCGCUGAGACGGCCGAAAAGAUCGCGAUGCACCUGGUGCAGACGCUGUGGUACAUGGUGGCUCACGACUCUUUGCGCACCUACUCGCGCCCGCACCUCCUCGCACAGUUCUGCGCAGAGUGGCUCAAUCUCCUCGCCAAGUGGGAGGAUGAAGAGGCACGCAACGAAACGCGCCAGCUCCCGCUACGCUCGAUCACGCUCCGCCUUCCGGACGAGGAGCGGGGUUGGGCGUACACGUCGACGGCUCUGCGCCGCAUCUUUGUCCAGGCACUGCGUAUCAAGCUGUACGAGGCGCACACGGCCAUGCGGCACGUUGCUCCGACGUCGGGUGCGCUGCAGGUGCCGGGGCUGCCGGCAGACAGCAAGCGGCCUGCCUCGCGUCUGAAUGGCACGGCCGUGCUGGAUGCUGCACGCUUUACGGGCGAGCUCUUUCGUGCAGACGUCGUGGUGGACAAGGCGUGCGUCGCGAGCUGGCUCGAUGCGCUCAUCGUGCGGCCACGGCCUUGGAUCCAAGUGCCGCUUCACGAACUCGAGGCUGCGUGUGCUUUGCUCUUGCUGGUGGGCCCUAGCUGGGAUUCAGACUUGCUUCAUGGCGAUUUGCACGCGUGCUCGCCGGACGAUGCUUCGAGGAACAAGGGGCAAGGCAUGACGACACUCUUGGAAAAAGCGCUGCACCGUCUUGAAGAUUUGGUGGAGUCGACGCUCGUGCCAACGGCGACCAAGGAAUGGGUCCAGGGUCUGAUGCGUGCCGCGCACGGGUUGCUGGGGGCCAACAUGUCCGCCUGGCUCGACCACUUUUUGGUAGGGCUGCGGCAAAACCGCCGUGGUAUCUUUACCUUUGGAUUUGUGACCGGUUUGAUUGUGGGGCUGGGCUCUUUGGCGUUUGCAAAAUUGCACAAAACACUAUUGAAUACGAUUUGGAAUCCCCGCUUGCCGAAGCGAUGGGGCGCACACCGUGUCGACACGCUGAAAGAUGAAGAGUUUCAACCGGUCGAGAUUCGCAGGAGCGGAAAGGUCGUUUCGGGUAUCGCCGGCAUGAUCGGCAACACGCCCCUCAUGCGAAUUAACAGCUUGUCGGAAUUGACUGGCUGCGAAAUUCUCGGCAAGGCCGAGUUCCUGAACCCGGGAGGCAGCCCAAAGGACCGUGUGGCCUUGGAAAUCAUCACCCAGGCGGAAGAGAAUGGCGAGCUAGUACCGAAUGUCGGCUCGUGGAUCUUUGAGGGAACCGUCGGCUCGACAGGCAUCUCUAUUGCAACCCUUGCAAAGGCCAAGGGGUACAAUUGCUGCAUUUUUGUCAACGAAGCGCGUGCGCGUGCUCUGGCGUGGCAGCCGGACGACAAUGAGCCCUAUGCACGGGCCUUUUUCGCGGACCAAUUCGAGACCGAGGCGAAUUUCUGGGCGCAUUACCACCACACUGGACCCGAAAUUUGGGAGCAGACGGGCGGCAACCUCGAUGCGUUCGUAUCGGGUGCCGGCACCGGAGGCACCUUGGCGGGCGUCGCGGCCUAUAUCAAGCGGACUGCGCGCGAACAGGACAGCGAUCAAGAGCCGCUGAUCGUUGCGGCGGAUCCCCUGGGCUCGGGCGUGUACAACCGCGUCAAAUACGGCGUGCUGUACAGUUCUACCGAAGCAGAAGGUACCCGGCGACGACACCAAGUCGAUACGGUCGUGGAAGGCAUUGGCCUCAACCGCCUUACGCACAAUCUUGAGCUCGGCCUGCCAUACAUUGACGAUGCUGUGCGUGUUACUGACGAGGAAGCACUCCGCAUGUCGCGGUACAUUGCUGCGCAUGAUGGUCUCUUCUUGGGCUCCUCGUCGGCAGUACACUGUGUGGCAGCUGUACGCGUCGCAUUGAAACUCAAGGCGCAGCGCACGCCCCCUAGCGAUGCUGCUACGUGGCGUGCUGGAACGCAGCAGCCGACGCACGACGAGGUCGCUAUUGAGGACCGCACACGGCCGGUUGUCGUGACCAUCCUUGCUGACUCGGGAUCACGACACCUGUCCAAGUUCCAAAAUGACGAGGCGAUGGAGAAGCGGGGAUUCCACGUAUCCGAUGACAUCUCUGAUAUUUUACGGUCUUCGUCUACAUAG